GUGUACGCUUGCACAAUACUAGAAACAGUUUCCAGAUUGAGUAUUUGACUUGGGGACUUUAAUAAUGAACGUGGAUUGUAAGCCAGAACGUUAGCUAAUGAAAGUCAUAUGGAAUGGAAAAAGUCAGCCUGCUUUUUUUUUUUUUUUUUAUCUAUCGAAUGUUCACUGUUGCAUGUGACACGUUUGUUGGAACAUUAAGAACUACACUAAAUGAAAUGAACUGCAGAAGUUACACGAGGUUACGUAAGACUCGAAUGGACAUCACUUGAAUAAUAACUUCUGUCGCUUGGAAUGAGUUUAGACCGUGGAUGAGAUUGUAUCUGUAUUACUUUUUAGUAAUACAUGGAUAAAGAACUACAGUCUUCGCAAAAAUGGUGCAAAAUACUCUUUGGAGUAGAAACGCUCUGAACACCCCCCCCCCCCCCGACGUUGAUGAGCACAGAGAUUCCGAGCCUGACAUGAUGCCUGGACAGAUCCCAGACCCCUCGCUGACAGCAGGCUCUCUCCCAAGUCUCGGCCCGCUGGCAGGCAUCCCGUCCACCACUCUCACUGCUGAGGACUUGAAAUACGCAGACAUGCGAAACAUCGAGGCCAUGAUCUCCCCUCUGCACUUCCUGGGAGUAAAACUGUCCAAGAGGCCAUCCUCAUUGAAAGGAGAGAUGGAGGAGGAGGAGGAUAGAAGGAAAAGGCGACGAGAGAAAAACAAAGUUGCAGCAGCACGAUGUCGAAAUAAAAAGAAAGAAAGGACAGACUUUCUGCAAAGGGAGUCGGAGAGGCUGGAGGUGAUGAACGCAGACCUGAAGGCUCAGAUUGAAGAGCUGAAGCAUGAGAGACAGCAGCUGAUCCUCAUGCUGAACCGGCAUCGCCCCACCUGCAUCGUGAGGACGGACAGCGUCAAGACGCCCGAGAGCGAGAGCAACCCCCUGCUGGAGCAGCUCUCCACGAAGUGAAGGAUGGCCCGCAGCUUUCCACAAACUCUCUGUACACCUUAGACGUGUAGUGCAGCUAAAGUCAGCACUUGGCUCUUUAGGGAAGUUGAGAUUCCUUUUGAGUCCUUUCAUUUUGGGAGGUUGUUUUGGAAGGGGUCGCUUUAAGAGACCUGUUCUAGACUUUUUGGGGGUUUCCUGUCAUGCGGAAGCUGUUGCCAUCAGUGAAGACAAAGAAACACUUUUAAACGGUUUUAAGUUUCUACUGUGGAGUCAGGCAUCCAGACAGGGUGAUAUUUGCCAAUGUAUGCUGGUUUUAUAAACAGUUAUAGUAUUUUACAUUGCUGUUGUUUUAUCCUGCCUUUGGCUCUGGCAGUGUCCAGUUGAACCGACUCGAGGUGACGCAGGCGUCAUCAAAGCACACACACACACACACACACACACACACACACACACACAUAGUUUACAAUCUUGCUAUUACACCAUUGUUACAGCCAAUUAUGUUGUGUUUUUUUUAUGAUUUAUUUUAUACUGCAAUAUAUAAUUAUAUAUGAUAUCUAAUCACUAGAUGUGAUUUCUGUUACAAACAGAACUUAACUUGUUUUGUAUUCUGAUGUGUUGUGUGUUGAUUUCUAUGUACCUGUCUGAGAGGGGGUUGUGAAUAUCCCCCCUGGCUCUUCUCAGCAAUGGUUUUUUUUUUUUUUUUUUUUUUUAAUUUUAUAUAUAUUUUUUUUUUUAAUGUUAACUUUGUGUUUUACAACCAUGUAUGUCUUUUGAUGUUACUCAGCUCAAUACUUUUCAAGGCGUCUCUGUAUGUAUUAAAUGGGUUUACUUUCUAACCCAA